ACACAGUGACCUGCGUGCGACUGUCGUUUGUCCAGUGUUGAACUUUGUUGACGAACGACAAAAACAAAGCGGCAUGGCUCACGUUGGAAACUUAAUUGUGGUCGGAACUUACGAGGAGUUUGUCUUGGGAUAUGCAAUAGUGCCCGAAGAAUAUGACGAGAAAAAGCUUUCAUUGGUACAAACUUUUGCUUGCCACUCACACCGAGCAAGUGUUCGGUCACUUGCUGUUGGUGGCGUACAUUUAGCAUCAGGUAGCACCGAUGAAACAAUUCGAUUAUACAACACUUUAAACCAAGUUGAAUCUGGAAUGUUAACACACCACAACGGCUCUGUGAAUGCAUUAGCCUUUACUGAAGACGGUACCCAUCUCAUUACUGCUGGAGACGACGGAAUGAUUGCUGUAGUCCAAACAGGUUCAUGGUUUGUGGAAAAACAAUGGGCUGGGACUCAUAGUGGUGCAGCUGUAACUGGACUCUCAAUUCAUCCUAGUGGUAAAAUUGCUCUGUCUGUGGGAGCUGACAAUCGUAUUGUUACAUGGAAUUUAGUGAAAGGCAGAAAAGCAUAUGUCGCCAAUGUAUCUAGUCGUUGCCGGAAUGGCUGGGGCGUUGGAGAUGUUCAAUGGUCCCCUUCAGGAUCAUGCUACGCUGUAUUCAUGGCCACUCAUGCAGAGGUUUACUCUGUUGCCACAGCCGGAGUUACUCACACUAUCACAUGUAGUAGCCGAGUCACCUCUAUGACUUUCCUUGAGGAUGAUAUUCUCCUGGUGGGAGAGGAGAGCGGAGAAGCAUCAAUACAUAAACUCAUGCCUUCAACAUCAGCGGGUCAAGAGGGUGAUUUGAAGGAAAUUGCACGCUUCCAGGCUCAUGAGAAGAGAGUUAAGUCGGCCCGCAACUUUGGGCCAGUGGUAGAUGGUGCUCGAAGUGCUACUCAGUUUGUAACUGCUGGGGGAAGUGGCCGUAUUUGUUUAUGGGAGCUUGAGGAUUCUGAAGUUAGUAAACUUUGUGAAGUAGGCACUGGAUGUCGAAUCACUAGCAUGGCAGUUGUUGAUUUAGAUAAGGAGCUUAAAUUAAAAAAGGAAGAUGACGCUGCUCAGAAAGCAUUACUGUCUGACACAAAGAAGAAAAUAAAAAAUGAAAAUGAAGCAAAGAAAAGAAAACAUGCUGAUGUUCAAGAGGUUUCUGGCAGUAGUAAUGGAAACAAAGCAUCCUUGAAGGUAACUAAAGCGAAUGGUAGAGAUUCCUCUCAAAAGAAAAGGAAUGGUAUGAAAUUCUCGUGUGAAUUGCAAGAGGCAAAGCCAACUAAAAGUCCAAGAAAAAAAGCUAAAAAAGUAAAGGGUGUUAAUGCUGGACAAUGGGUUGUAACCCCUUUAGAGUAAUUUUCAAUACAUCUACUUAGGGUCUUUUAUGAAAUAUUGUAAUGGCUGUGCCCUUUCCUUGAAAUUGGUUGUCUUAUUCCACAGUUAUUGACAGAGUACAGUAGUGAGCGGAAUGGGUGGUGAUUUCCAAUCAUAGGCUAUUAUUCAGUGCUUACAUUUUAUUCAAAAUUUUGUAUCACUGGGCUUGUGUUGUUGUUUUUCUAUGACAAAAAUAAUCAGAGGAACUAAUACUAACAUUUAUCACCUGUGUUGUAACUAUGUUAGUACACGUUGAAUGCUUUAUUUACAGCAAUAGUGGUACAUAAGUAGGGCAUCUACUUUAAAAAAAAAAAAGUCUACAUGACUUGUCAUGAAACAUUUGUACAGAUUCAACAGUUGUUGAAAUUGUAAUUUCUUCAUAAUAUUCACAGACGAAUGAAACUUUUUUCAUGCCUCCAUGAUUUUGUCAACUGUGGAGUCACAACUAAAUGUCCUAUACAGUAUUGGCAAAAAGAUGACUACAGACUAGCUACUUUUGAAGAUGUUACAAAAUUGAAUGUGUAAUAGUAAGUUUCAAGCAAAGAAAGGCAAAAUUUCCUAUGGAUCAAAUUCCUUUUGCUUGGAAAAUUUCUACUUGAAUAAAACUGAUAUGAUUGGCAAAUA